AUGAAAAAUAAUAUUUUAUUUAUUGGUAAUUUUGUAAAUGAUGUAAUUUUAAUACAUCAAAAAAUUAAAUUAGAAAGAGAAAGAUCAUUUACAGAUUUUAUGUCACCAGAAGUACAAAAAGAAUUAUCAAAAAACUAUGACACCAAUGAUUGUAAAGAUGUAAUAAAGGCAGAGGCAUUAGGUGGCUCUGUAACCUAUGGAUCAUUAGCAGCUCAUUAUUUUGGAGAUACAAAAAGUUUUAUAGUAACUACAUUUGGUGAUGAUAUCAAUAAAGAAUUUCAACAAUUAAUUCAAAGCAAGCAAUCAAUAGAUCUAACAUUCACAGAUACAAUUAAAGAUAUUAAAAACACAAGUUAUUUCUUAAACUAUUAUAAUAAUAAAAAGAAUAGAACUUUAUCAUUAAUGGAGAAAGGUAAUCAAAUCUCAAUAGAAGCAUGUAUAAAAUGUAUUGAUUCCAUUCAUCCUGAUGCAUUAUUAUUUGUUCCAGUUGCUGGUGAAUUUGAUGAACAUUUAGUAAUGAAAACAUUGGAAAUUGUAAAUAAUAUAAAUCAAGAACAACAACAACAACAAGAAUUCAAACAACAAUAUUAUAGACCAAUAAUUGCAUUUGAUGUUCAAGGGUUUUUAAGAUCAUUUAAUGGUGCACGUGUAACAACAAGACCAAUGAAUGUUAUGAUUGAAAAGUUAAUUAAUAUCAAAAUGUCAUUAAAUGGAAUGGAAAAUGAUAUUAUUACAGUCGUAAAGGCUGAAUAUGGUGAAGCUGCAGCAAUUAUGGGUGAUCAUGAUCCUGCAACUUGUGCAAAAUUAUUACGUUUAAAUUUUGGCUUUACAAUUGUGGCCGUUACAAUGGGUGGUGAUGGUUUAUUCCUUUCAUCUUCAAUCACUGGUGAAAUUUAUAUUCCAACCUUUAAACCUGAUCAAGUUAGUGAUGAAACAGGUUGUGGUGAUACUUUUUUAACUUGUACAAUUUUAGAAUUAUUAAAUUUAUUAAAAACUAAAAAACAAUUUAAAAAUGAAAAUAAUAAUAAUAAUAAUAAUAAUAAUAAUCAAAAUAAUAAUAAUAAAGUUGAUGAAAAUAGUUUUCAAAAACAACAACAACAACAACAACUACAAAAUGAAGAUAUUUUAAUAAAAUUAAAUAUUAAAAAAGAAGAAUUAAUUCAAUGUUUACAAGUUGGUAGUUCAGGUGCAUCAUUUUUAGUUGAAAAGAUUGGUCCAAAUGGAUUUUCAAAUAGAGAGAAAAUAAUGGAUAGAGUUUUAAAUGGUACAAAACAAAUAAAACAACAUUAUUUAAAAUUCAAUAAUCCAAUAGGUGGUGAAGAUAAUGAAAAUCAAAAAAUCAUUAAACAAGAACAAGCAAACGAUAAUAAUGAUAAUAAUUCAAAAUCUACACAACAAACACCAACUACCAUUAAAGAAUUUGUUGAACAAAAAUUAAAACAAAAACAAUUUAAAUCUACUACAAAUUAUAAAUAA